AUGGUAGAGGGACUUAGGCAGGUUUUUGGACAACAACCACCACCAGCCGGAAUGGCGGGGAAUAUGCCAGAGCGUAAUAUUGAGGAUGAGAACAAGCUGCUUAAGUGUGCCUCGCAGAAGACUCUUAAGGCAGUGGAACCGUCGAGGCAACAGCAUGAUAACCGAGGAUCUACAUCUGGAAAGGACAAAGGGGUAUUGUGUACUCGGUGUGGAAAAAGCCACGGUGGACCUUGUAUGAACUCUACUGGGUUGUGUUUCAACUGUGGACAGCCAGGACAUACUAAAGCAACAUGUAGGAAGUUCAUGGGAACAUGUCACAAGUGUGGUAAGGUGGGGCAUCGCGCCAUGGACUGUAGGGUAAGGUAG